UUUACCAUAUAAGACUAAGAAUAUUGUAUAUACAAUAGUGCAAUUUUAAUUCCGAAAAUAGAAAUGAGUUCUUCACCAAAUAAUGUUAUAAAAUAAUGAAGUAAGAAUAUAUACCAUGUUCUAAUAACAAAUUUCUGGGGGAAAAGGGUAGGCCUAUCCCGUUUUUGCAGCUCACAAUCAUUUUCUAAAAGGUAAACCCGUGUUCUGCACGGAAAAUUUUUCGAAAUGUUACCCCGAUUUAAUUUUAAAAACUUGACAUUUGAAAUAUAAAUAUUCCCCAUAGUACUUAUGAUAAGUCCCAAUUUCUGAAUCAUUGAGCGGUCAUACCGAUUCGGAAAUAUUUUGAAUUUGUAGGAUUGUCUGGGUGCAUUUUAGUGAAAUUUCAAACGUACGUCGAACUAGAGCAACAAGUAUAGAAUAGUAUUCUUCGCGAACAUUCUACAAAAUAAUUUGUAUUUUCAAAAACGCUUUUCAUAUAGUUAACAAUUAAAUAAAAAAAUCUAUGAAAGGGCAAGCAAUAAUGGCAUUGUUUCGUUUCAAUAUUUUAAUCCUUAUAAAGAGGAGCAAUGCAAUAUCGCCACUGAUGCAACUGCUCACUACCCUGCGGUUCUUCGGUACCGGUGCCUUCUACACCGUUGAAGGUGAUCUCCAUGAUGUCAGCGUCCCGUCCGUCUGUCGCAUCGUUCACCGGGUUGCCAACUCCCUCGCAAGAUUGACCGAUCGCCACAUACGAUUUCCUGUCGACAUACAAGAUGUGAUGAAGACCAAGCAAGGGUUUUUCGACAAGGCAGGCUUUCCCGGGGUAGUUGGUGCGAUAGACUGCACCCACGUACGACUGUACGGAGCACCACUCGGUGAUGACGAGCCUCUGCAUGUAAACAGAAAAGGUUAUCACAGCAUUAAUGUUCAAGCUGUGUGCAAUGCGUCAUUUAAGAUGACGAAUGUCGCCGCACGAUGGCCAGGCAGCACCCACGACAGUGCGGUUUUGCACGGGAGCCUUCUCGGAGAAAUGUUCGAGAAUGGAAGACUCCAAGGAACGCUGAUAGGCGAUACCGGCUACGCCCUACGACCGUGGCUGAUGACACCUGUCGCUGAACCGACAACAAACGCCGAGAGACGCUACAACAGGAGCCACAGAAGAACAAGAGUGACAAUUGAACAGGUUUUCGGUCAACUGAAAUGCAAAUUUCCCUGUUUGUCACUCGGGCUCCGUGUCGCCCCCCGUAGAGCCUGUCAGAUCAUCAAGGCCUGUUGUGUGCUGCAUAACAUUGCCAAAGAAUUGAGGGAGCCGGAGAUAGAGGGAGAGCUGAGAGAGGAUGAGGGAAACGAUGACAUACCCUAUGAUGGGCACAUCCAAGAUGGUACGAUACAGAGGAACAGAAUAAUUAAUGCAUACUUUUGAAUACUUUUUAUCAAUCCCACUUGUUGUUUUACAAUUUAUCAAUCCCUCUAUGUUGCAUAAAUAUUUACAGGUUGUUGUUUCCAGUACCAAUGAACCCUUAUGUUUUUCCAAUCCAUUCUAAUACAGAGUUCCAGUAGAGUAAAUCCAUUUUAUUGAUGUCACCAAGUAGCAAUCAAUUGAAACUGAAAAC